AUGUCAAAGUGCAAGGGUUCAAACGUACACGUACGUUUAAUUGUAGCAUUAGGUCAAGUGAUGUUAUACGUGGAUGGUAUGAAUGGUAUCAAUGUUCAUAUUAAAAUAAUUCAAUGGCUUUAUGAAUUACUUGAUUCAUCGCUCAACAAUCAAAGCAUGUCUAAAAGUGGAAAUGUAACAGGUGAAAUGAUUCCACUCCAAAGUAGCACCGCUCCCUCAAUAUUACCACCAAAAAGCUCUCGUGAUUCGAUUUGUACGGUAAUUACAGCACAUAAUGAUCCGGUACUCAUCUACUCAAAUGUUCCUAUUACUACUGCUGCUGCUAGCGAUGGUACUGCUGGUGCUAUCGGUGGUGGUGCUAUUGGCGGUGGUGCUAUUGGCGGUGGUGCUACUGGUGGCGGUAGGGGUGAACAGGAAGGAUCAGGCGCUAUCAAAAGCUCUCCAACACUAGAAUCAGCUGAAAUUCGAACAAGUAGCAGUCAAGAAUCGGAAUCAAGUUCGAAACGACGACCUAAAAUUGAGCAAAUCCCAUUACGAACUGAACCACCAGAAAGUCGCAAAGAAUUACGUAAGAAACGACAGGCACGUGAAAAAACUGACACGAAGUGA